AUGGCUGGGAAUGAUUUUGAACAUGCAGACGCCAUAGCAGACUGUGUUCUCGCUGCCUUUGAUGCUCUGCCAGCUCAUCGCAAACCGCGACUGCCUUCUUCAGGCCUCAAAGCAGGCCGUAGAGAAUGGGUUCCACUGGCAGGCAUAGUGCUUGAGAACAGCCAGGGUGCUUUGACAUGUGCUUCCCUAGCCACUGGCAUGAAAUGCUUGCCUCGUGAUAAGAUACAAGGUCUAGACGGCAAUGUUGUGCAUGACAGCCAUGCUGAGAUUCUGGCUUUGCGAGCUUUCAACCGCUUCCUUCUUGACCAGUCUGCUUUGCUGUGUGCUGAUCCUUCUGCUGACAGCCUCCUCAUAUCAACCUCUGCACAGAAGCCUUUCACAAUUGAUCCCCGCUUCACCAUCCACAUGUACUGUAGCGAGGCUCCCUGUGGCGAUGCCAGUAUGGAACUCACCAUGGCUCAGCAGGAUGAUCAAUCUCCCUGGACAUCUACAUCAGAAGUUGACUCUGACGAACUGUUUGGAAGAGGCUACUUUGGCACCCUCGGCGUAGUACGUCGGAAGCCUGCUCGACCAGAUGCUCCGCCCACCUUCUCAAAGUCGUGCUCUGACAAACUCGCCCUCAAGCAAUACAUUUCUGUACUUUCUGCCGUCAGCUCCUUGUUGAUACAUCCAGAAAAUGCAUAUAUCCAUACCCUUGUCAUGCCUCAGAGUCAAAUGAUUCCUGAGGCCUGCGACCGAGCUUUUGGUCGCAAUGGGCGUCUAUCAGCAUUGCAAGAUACGUCCUCUGGGCCUUUUGCCUUUCGUCCUUUUGCCGUUCGCCCAACUACUCGCGAAUUCGCCUUCAGCCGGCGAAUCGCUGAUGCAACUACUACUUCCAUCGUACCAUCGAACAUCUCUUCUCUGAAAUGUGGACCCAAGCAAGAGACUCUCAUCAACGGCACGCUUCAAGGGAGGAAGCAAGGCGAUCCGAGAGGAUCCUCUGCCGUAUCCAGACGUUCAAUGUGGGCCCUGGCACUGAAAGUCGCUACCUCGCUGGCACAACCUGCUCUCGUCGCUGCUCUGAAUGCAAAGUCUUACGCAGAGGUCAAGGCCAGCAAGACGCUGGCCGAACGAGAAGCUGCCAAACAAACUGCCAGGAAGUUGUCACUACAAGGCUGGAAGAGAAACAUUGGGGAUGAUGAAUGGUCGUUAUCAGAAACGAAGUCUCCUGUAUGA